AUGUCCGAAGACGAUACUUUUUCCUAUGAGCUUUCUUCAGAUGACGGGCAUUCUGAACAUUUGCUAACUGACCCUAGAAAGAUUAUUGAAUUUGCACCUUCACCACUUAUAUAUGGAAAAUUCAGAAUUAUCUGUCAAAAGUGUAAAUUCUUCGUGACAAGAAAAUUAAAGUGUAAAUCAAUUAAAAAUAAUUUAAACAAAGUAUUGUUGGUUUGCAUCUUCUUUUUAGUUCUUUUCACCCAUAAAAAUAAUAUUAAAUCUUAUUAUUAUACACAUACGGCACUGAAGACAGUACCCAAUGAGAAAGACUUACUGAAAAUUGAUAUUGCAAAUCAGCUACAUAUUAAAGAUCUGUCGAAAUCUCCAAUUAUACCCAAUAUUUUUCAGUAUAAUUUUACAGAGGUUAAUGUCACUGGUUUCGUUUCCAAUUUGCAAUCCAAGAAAAAGUUAGAAAAUGAAGCACAUUCAAAUGGUACUGCACCCGAAGCUUCAUAUCAUAAAGACCACCAUUCUUCAGUCACUUGUGAUGACCUUCAAUAUAAUAAUAUCAUAGAAAUAUCUACAUGGAAUACUUUGUUACCAGAUGAUUUGGUCACAAUAAGAAGAGAACUUACUCACGGUGGAACUACACUGAGCAAGGAACUUCAAGACCAUAAUGAAGAAAAGAUGACUGAAGUUGAAAUUGUUAGCAAAAAUUGGUUCCGCUUCGGAGGCGCUGCUGUAUGGUUAGAAAGGGAACAAUGUUUUGUCGUUUACAGUAGCAUAAUGUACCAACCAAGCGGUAUGAAAGGAAUACCCAAAAUAUCUGUAAUCGGAGCACAAGCCUUUGAUAAAGAUUGGAAUGAACUAAAAGGUAAACGCAUACCAUUCCAUGAUAUAUCAAUUCCAAAGGAUGUAACAAAGGAAUUAUCUCAUUUAGAAAAGAAGCUAAGUUAUUCAAAUUGUGAUAAUUUGAAAAAUUCUGGUAUAAACUUCUAUGAUGAUUGUAUUGCCCAAAUGACAAAGGAAAAAUUAAAAUUGCAGCAAACAUAUGAAGAACUACUGUCAAGAUAUUAUAUGACGUACCCGUCUAUACUUAAUAUACCAUUUGACAUUGGUAGCGGACGUGGCAAAGGAGCCGAAGAUCCUCACGUUAUCUUGAAACAAAAUGGCAAAUAUGAAGAACCCAUCGUCAUUUUCAAUAUGUACAACAAUACAGAAGGUAAUAGAAGAGUCUAUGCAUUCCAUCCGCAUAGAAGAAUUGAUCCAAUAGUGAAAUUCUUCAUUGAAGAUAUUAAAUUAAGUGCUAAAGAAAAAAAUUGGACACCAUUCUUCCCAUACCGUGACGAAAGUGAGAUUAGUGUUUUUUCUAGAGGUUUUAUCUAUUUUAUCUAUGCAUAUGCGCCAUUAAAAAUUGUAAAAUGUUCAUUAAAUGACGGUAUAUGUGAAGUGGUAUUUGAAGACUUAAAUAAAUUCGAGCAUGCUGAGAUGAGAGGUGCCACCCAGUUUGUUAAAUUACCUACAGAUAUUCCUCAAGUGGAAGGUAAGCAAAUGUGGAUCGGCUUCCCUAAAACUCACUUAUCUGACUGUGGUUGCGGAGUGUCUUAUUAUAGGCCAAUGCUAAGUCUAUUAACUGAGACUAACGGAUCUUAUCAUCUAGAAUUAAUGGUCCCAACUAUGGAUUUUAAUAGAGAUGUUCUAUCUUGGGAUUUGAAAGGAACUUAUUGCGGGGGCACCAAUAUAAUGAGUCCAAAUUCGAUAGCUUAUUGGGAAGUUGUUGAUCAAGAUGCAGCAAAUGGAAAAUUUGAGGAUUAUUUAGGCUUUACUUUCAGUGAAGCUGAUGAAACUACUAGAGUGGUUGUUUUGAGAAACAUUUUGAAUUAUAUUUUGGACAUUUAUGACGAAAAGAAAAUAAGUAAUCAAUUUGAGAUUGGUAAAGAGUCUGAUACUAUUAUUGGAAGCGCAUUACAAUGUGUAAAAGAUACACAAUGGACUAACUGUGCCAAAUAUGGUAAGACCCACAAAAAAGACUGA